AUGUACUAUGGAAAGGUCCUGGACACCCUUGCACAGCACCACCCGGAGUACACUGCUCUUGCUUGGGGAGCUAUAAAGAUUUUGCUCAUGGGUGUAAUCGAACGUGCAACUCUCGUCCAAGAGCUUGCGAAAGCCUUCAUCGCUAUCGGAGACGUCCUCCCUAGAGCCAAAUUGAGCGCCGAGCUAUACCAGACCAACUACAUGAGGGAUGCGCUAUCCCGACUCUACGCUUACAUCAUACGAUUCCUGCAUCUCUGCGUUCGGUGGUACAGCAGAAGCUCUUUAGGCCGGUUUUUCUCCGGCCUCAAAAAUCCGUUCGAGCUCCAUUAUCAGGACUUAGUGGAACAAAUCAAGACACGCUCUGCAGAUGUUCAAGAUCUCGCAAACGCAGGAGCGCGAGUUGAUAUCCGCGAUAUCCUCACGAUUCAGGCGUUGAAGCAUGAUCAAGCACUCAAGAGGUAUGAGAGAAUAGAAGACUGCUUGAAUCAGAUUCUGCAAACGUCAACAUCACACAAGGCUCUUAGUGAGUUCAUGAGCGUCGAUAUAGGCGAGAUCAAGCGAAACACUUGGGAGCUGAAGUUCGACCACGUUCUCCGAUUCCUGGCCCCAGAACAGUCGCCCGAAAAAGCUCUACUGAAGUCGCAGUCGUUCAUUCGUCGCGAUCCGACGCAAGAUAUGCCUUCCCGCGAUGACGCCAAAGUAAAGAAAAUAUUGCAAACUUGGGCUUUCACAGAUCACUCUUCACUUCUGGUGGUACGCAUAGGCUUUGAUGCAAAGAAAAGAGCCAGAGAGCUGGUAGCGGAAGUCAUUCAAACCCUUUCGGGUAAUGGUCAACGUAUCUUCUGGAAUCUCUCUCUACCACGAAGCUCAGAUCGGGCAACACUCAUGUCUGACGUCUUCAAAAGUCUUGUCCAUCAGGCUUUGCGAUACACUCCCGGACUCUUCGCUAAAUUUGCCGAACAGCUCAAUCUCGAGAAGAUUCAGAGUUCCCAUACGGACAGCGAAUGGAUCGAUCUAAUCUGCCUACUCUUUCAGCAGAUCCCAGAUGCCUUCAUCGUGAUUGAAUCUCGAGACAUUUACAAAUCGCAUCGACAUGAUCCAGAAUGGGCAGAGCACCUACUCAAGCUGCUGCAAAGAGCUGUGGAAAAGUCUGAGAAUGUGGGCAAUAGAUUAAGAGUGCUAUUUGUGGUAUAUCGCAACGCACUAAAGUCGCCUAUUGCAACGUCAAUUGACGGCAAGUUACUAGUAACAUCACUACAAACCCCUACUUCUCCACCACCGCGAAUGCGGCAUAUGGCCCGCCGAACAAACUUCAAUACAAAGAUCUGGAAACUGCAGAAGCCGAAGUUUUGA